GGCCAAAGAAAGUAUCGCGUUUUCAUACGCGUAUUUUGUCUUCGUCGUUUGUUCAGUUAACACGUCUGUGCGGUUGGCUAAAAUCCACAAGAUAAACAAUAUUUAACGUUUUAUUUUCUUUUUUUUUUGGUUUGUUCUGUUUCUCGUUUACUGUCUGUAUUUAUUUGUACCUACGAACGAGCCGAGAUCAAAGUGUGUCUCAAGUUCUGUUGUUUUUUCGCCCUGUUACGACGAUUCAUAAAGUGAAAAACAAGUGCUUUUUUUGUACCGUUCAGUUCAGUUCUUCUUGUUUUUUUAACUUGUUGGUCUUUUGUUUCGUUUUACGUUUAAAUUUUGUGAGUGUUUGUGUAUGAGUUUUUGAAUCUGCUCUGAUUCUGACCGACAGGCACUUUAAAAAAAUGUGUUGAAAAUUUACAAAAAAAAAAAAAUAUCUGAAGAAAAACGAAUUUGUGCUAAAAUUGCUCAAGUACAAGACCAGCUACGAAAAAACAACAACAUAAAAGUUCUACAAAAAUAACAAAAAAAAGAAGUGUUUCAUAUCGUGUUUAAAGAAAUUGUGAGUGUGUAAAAUUGUUUUGGCUCCUCAAAUUGUUUCUUUCAUACACAUUCACAGUGUUUUAUUGAAAUAAAUACGCGGCAACAUUCAAAAGAAAUAAUCAUAAAAAAAUAUUUAAACACAAAAAACCUAAAGCAAAAGAAUAUAUAAUUUAAACGUUACAAUUUAACAUUAAAAAAUCCCUCUGCUCGUUAUCUACCGAAGAAGAAGAAAAAUAUAAAAAAAAACAAAUUGCAGUAUCAGCUCCAAUUCCGACUCCAUUCAAUUCAACUCAACUGGGAGAUUGAAAAUUGUGUUAAUAAGUUGCAAACAAAUUGACAAUAUUGGUCGCCGCUUAAUUGUGGAGAAUUUAUUUCAUUAGUUCCGGUUAAAAAACAAAAUAAUUAACUUUGGAGUCAUUUAAGUCGCUUCAUACUCCCUAUCUUUACCGUUUCUUGUUUUUUAAGUGAUUUAUCAUCAUACGAUACAGCUCCAGGAUGUGGAGCCCACAAAAAGGUCCUACACGACUGUGGGACCUUAGGUUUAGUCUUUUAUUUAUUUUACAAUUAAUGUUUAGUUUAGUUUUAGCUGGUAAUGAAUUAUGGCCAAUGGAAAGGCCAGAUGGUAUGCCAAACAUAGUCUCAUUAGAAGUGAUGUGCGGUAAGGAUCACAUGGAUGUACAUUUAACAUUUUCCCAUCCAUUUGAGGGUAUUGUUAGUUCAAAGGGUCAACACAGUGAUCCACGUUGCGUUUAUGUACCCCCAUCGACGGGUAAAACUUUUUUCUCAUUCAGAAUAUCAUAUUCAAGAUGUGGCACUAAACCAGAUUUAAAUGGACAGUUUUAUGAAAAUACGGUGGUCGUGCAAUAUGACAAAGAUCUGUUGGAGGUCUGGGAUGAAGCGAAACGUUUGCGUUGUGAGUGGUUUAAUGAUUAUGAGAAAACAGCAUCGAAGCCACCAAUGGUAAUUGCUGAUCUAGAUGUAAUACAAUUGGAUUUCAGAGGCGAUAAUGUUGAUUGCUGGAUGGAAAUACAACAUGGUAAAGGUCCAUGGGCACCACCAGUAAGCGGAAUUGUUCCUUUAGGUUCUACGCUUACUCUUGUGGUGGCGAUUAAUGAUUAUCGUGGCGAAUUUGAUAUGCGUGUUAAAUCCUGUGUAGCUUCUGAUGGUUCCGGCCAUGUCAUCAAUCUUUCGGAUGAGUUUGGUUGUGUUUUACGACCUAAAAUGAUAUCACGCUUCCUAAAAGCUCGAGCUCCGGACGAGAGAGCCACUGUCAUAACAUAUGCUUUCUUCCAUGCCUUCAAAUUUCCCGAUGCUCUAAGUGUGCACAUCAAGUGUAAGGUGGAGAUUUGCAGACAUGGAUGCUUGGAUCAUUGCCAGCUAAAUGAAAAUGUCAAUGAACGUAAAGAUGUCCUAAUGAAUGACAAUAUGAUCAAUCAGAAUAAUUUGUUAAGUGAUAUGAGCAAUGGUGGUUUAGGUGGUGGCGGCGGAGGAGGAUUAGCUGGAGGCAGUUUGAGUGGAGGUAUGGGCCACAGUCCUAAUGGGGUACAUCAUAAUAGUAUGGGUGGUCAAACCAACGAUAUGGGUAUGGGCAAUCCUGAGGCAGGCCUUCAUGAUCAUGAUAUUUUCUAUGAUGACAUCAUACACAAUCGCAAACAAUUGUCUCAAAUCAAUAGUGGUAUUGCUAAUAUCUUGGAUCAAUUUAAUAAUGUGCAUGAAAAGAAUGCCAAUUUACCACCACGACCAGUGCACGAAGAUCCUGAGGAGGCAGAUUUGGAGGAUAUUUUCGGUGAGGAAGAGCUUGCUGAAUUGGAUGAAGCUCAAUAUAUGGAAUUGCGCAAGAGUGGUAAAUUUCCACAUGGUCCCCGGCAGUUGGCACAAAAACGCAUGGGUGUACCAAUGGCAGGUCCAAGAUCUUUAGAACCUAAAGACAAAGAUGAACAGCCAAGACCAGUUUAUAGACCUCAAGCUGAGGCCCUGAAGCAGUCACGAGAAGAUCAUAUUGAUUUGGAUCAGCACGAAGAGGAAGAAAAAUCUAAGGAAGCUGCCAACAACACCCAAGAUGGAAUACCUCGUCGUAGAAGACGUUCCAUAGUAAUAUCAGAUCGUAAAGUGCGCAGUGCUGAUGUAGGUGUGAGUGGUCUUUAUGAUGUUAUCUCCGAAGCAGAUUUGGCCUUCUCACCCGAUACAAAACAGGAGGCAGUCACAGUUUUCCAAGGCAAAAUAAGCGAAGAAGUUGUGUAUGGCAUUUGUAUGCCGGUACCUGGUUUCAGCAUACUCUUUAUUGUGGUAAUUUCGGCCACUAUUGUGUCGGCUUUAAUAGCUGGUUCCCUGCUCUAUCGCUAUCAACUGCAAAAGGAGGCUAUGGAGAAACAAACACCCAUGCCUCUGCAGGGUACACUCGCCUCAUGGAUGACUCUCAGACUAUUCCGCAUGCGUGAACAACAACAUCAGCAAAGUGCUCAAAAUGCUGCUGCUGUGGCAGCUGUUCAAAACUCUCUAGCUGCCGCUGCUGCCAGUUUAACCCAUGAGUCCGUACAAUAAUUUAGGCUUUUCCCGAAACCUUUUUCUACAUAUUUAAAACAAAAAUGUUUGUUUUCAUAGAAAAUUCUAAAGAAAUUAAAGUUUCGUUUGGAUGUAUCAAAAAACCGACUGAAAAUCUAAAAAUUGAUUUAUUUUAUCUUUAAAUUUCGGGCAUAAUUGCAAUAGUUAAUGUUUUAUUUAUUAUU